UCAUUCUUACUCAAGUAGAUUUCGUAUGAACAGUUCUUGUUUCUUUCUGUGACAAUUUCUUUGAAGACUUGAUUGAACACUAGAGGGAUCUGAGUUUCAAUUUUUUUGUCGCCAAUUUUCUAAGAAAAAUAACUUUUUGUCUCUCUCUAAAUGAUUCUGAUGGCUUAUUACAAAUAGGUGAGAACGUGAACUAGGCAGAUGAGACCUCUCGGAGGAAAAUCAUAGUUACCUGAUUAUUGCCUCGAUGACACACCUAACAGAUUGCAUGACCUGAAGAAAGUUGUUGUCUUCAAAGCUAUUUAUCUGCUGGAUCUUCAACUAUGAGUAAAACAUAUGCCUUUUUGCCUGAACUGAAAAAAGUUGUGAAAUGUAGAAUUGACAGAGAAGAAGAGAAAAGAGACGUUAACAGUGUCCCUGAAGCACCUCGUGUACCAACACAUAAGACCUAUGGUGAAAAGCAAGCGGUCUCAUCACAUUCAAGAUUAAAAACACCUUAUAAUAAGUUCGAGCCUUAUACUCCAGAUCCGGAUUAUCCUGGGGCCAAGGAAUAUUAUAGAACAAAUCAAACACAUGAACAAAUUCGGAUCGACGUCAGGAGAGACAGAAACGAUGAGCCUGAUCCUGAUUAUUAAGAAAAUGAAGUAAGUAUAUGAUGUAUAUUUUAAAGGAAAUUUAACUAUGUGAUCCUCAUGAACACGAUUUAGCAACUAGAAUUGUUAUUUCAUUUGGCGAUAUAUAUCAUGAAGACUUCCCAGAAUAAGCUUCGAGUCGCAAUUGCAUUGGAACGACCUCCACAA